AUGCUGGCAAAGAUAAUUCCAUUGAUUGCUUUGAUGGCCAGUGUUCGAGGAGAGCUGCCUACUAGUCGGGGAGCUCCAUAUGCACCGGCUGGAUGGCAGCCACGGGUUCCCUUCAAUCUACCCAACGAGUACUUCGCUCCCAUCCGUACUAAUCAGGGUUCAGGUGUGAAGAUCACCAAGGAACGCGUGGAACAUGCUGGACGAAUAGACACGCCUCAAUGGAACUAUUUGCCUCCUUCUCCCUCCCUACUAGAUGUGCCCGAGGAGGAGGUCUUGCCCAAUUCCAAUCUGGGAAACUCUCCGAACAGGAACUCCCUCCGUCCAUCCAAUCAAUACGGUGCUCCUAAUCCUGAUCCUAAUCCUGCCUUCAAAAUCAUCUAUCCCGAUGAUGAGGAGUCGUCUACUUCUGAUUCGGCCAACCAGCGGCAGUCCAACGUAAGAGAGGGUCGCUAUUAUAUCGUUUCGAAGGAUAACAAAAUACAGAGGGUUUCAUUCCGCGCACUGCAGAAGGUCGAUGAUGAUGAUGACUUUACGGCGCAGCUGAGGUACUCCACCGUGGGUCAGCUGCAGGAUCCGGUCUAUCGGUACAACAGCCAGGGACAACUGGAAAGGGUCCUCAAGUAG